GUGCAAUACUUCCCUUCUGAUUGAUUAUUGCCAAGGUGAUGGUGUCCAUGACUACAUCUUGAUUGAUGCUGGAAAAACUUUCCGAGAGCAAGUUUUGCGGUGGUUCACUCACCACAAGAUUCCCCGGGUGGAUUCUGUUAUUUUGACGCAUGAACAUGCUGAUGCAAUUCUUGGUCUUGAUGACAUGCGUGCAGUACAAGCAUUUAGUCCUACCAAUGAUAUUGAUCCUACUCCUGUUUAUCUUACCCAGUAUGCAAUGGACAGCAUCAAAACAAAAUUCCCAUACUUGAUGAAGAAAAAAUUAAAAGAAGGCGAAGAAGUGAGGCGUGUUGCUCAACUUGACUGGAAGAUAAUUGAGGGCCACUGCAACAAACCAUUUAUAUCAUCAGGCCUAGAGUUUGUUCCAUUGCCAGUAAUGCAUGGAGAGGAUUACAUUUGCUUAGGCUUCCUUUUUGGACGAAAAUCAAGAAUUGCAUAUAUAUCCGAUGUUUCACGUUUCCCAGCUAGCACUGAGUAUG